UUAAAUUAGACGUACGUAUUUGAACUAUUUUGGAGUUUAUUCCUUGAUUCUAACCUACAAACGAGCACUGAAUGUGAGGAUUUAAGUUUCAUUUAGCAAAAGAUAAAUGGCGUAGGUGAUGGCCAAUCCACGAUGGGCUGAGACUUCUGUGCCUCGUAGUUUGCCUGAAAGAGUCGCACAGCUGUAUUAUUCUCACGGCUUGUUGUGUGCUACGUACCCCUUUGUGUUUCUGUUUGUAACAGUGACACUGGUUUUAAUUUGCAGUUACCCUCUUCUGAGUCUUCCCCUACCUGGUAACUUGCCGCAGCAUUACUCAGCUUCAUUUACCAAUAACUCGGCCGCUCCAGAAGUUCCAAGAUGGCUACUGUCGUCUUCUCCAAUUUGCUACAUUCAGCAGGUAGUGAUGAAGACAGCUGUUUUUCCAUGGACAGAAGAUUUAAAGUUAACAGAUGCUUUUCGAGCCCCUCUGGCAGAAGUAUUUCCCCUGCUGGAAGCCAUUCAAAACUACCAAGACCCGAACCGUUCUUUGACGCUGGGUGACGUCUGCAUGCAUGUAGAGACAGCUCGGUCGCCGGAGAACAGUAAAGUGUUGCCACAGUACAGCUGUCUGCUGUUGUCUCCUGCUAACCUGUGGCAGCUGGACAUGCAUCGCUACCAUGACGACACAAACCUCAUCAACACCAUCUACAAUCACCAGAAUCUACAGAAAGGAAAAAUCAGUUUGGCAGAACUACUGUUUGGGCUUAAUCUCAAAGAUACUGGUAUCAAACGAUACCCUUUACGGAAACGACAAAGAAUAAUACAGUUUGCAGUAACCUUGGUAUAUCUUCACUAUGAAAAAUCGUACGUCGACGGUCUAAGAGAAAGAUUGUCAAAACUUUACCCCCUCCACCAGAAUCACAACUCCUCAGGUAACGACUCUGUGACUGCCGACUACUUCUACCACGUCUACUACCCUGGGGAGUUUGGCUGUAGGGAGUUUGUGCCUCUGGUCUUUACAUACCUCGUGUUGUUCUUCUACAUUUACUUUUCUGUUCGGAAAAUUGAACUUGUACAUUCAAAGGUGGGGAUUGCUUUAAGCGCAGUAUUUACCGUUAUAGCUUCUCUUCUCAUGUCUGCGGGAAUUUGCUUCUUCUUCGGAUUGGACAUGACUGGCAGCGGAAGAGGAAGAGAGGUUUUCCCCUACUUGGUCGUAAUUAUAGGACUAGAGAAUGUACUCGUAUUGACCAAGUCCGUUGUGUCGACGCCUCCUCACCUCGACGUCAAGAUCCGCAUCGCACAAGGCCUUGCACGGGAAGGUUGGUCCAUCACAAAGAAUCUUUUGACGGAAGUUACCAUCCUUACUGUAGGACUUCUGACACUCGUACCGGCUAUACAGGAAUUUUGUAUUUUUGCAAUCGUUGGACUACUAUGUGACUUUUUUCUACAAUGUCUUCUGUACUGCACUGUGCUAGCUAUUGACGUUCGCCGGAAGGAAAAGAUUGAACCAAGUCAGCUAUUUUAUCAUCAUUACAGAUACAACCCCAUGAGGAGUUUUCCCAUGACGAGGUCCCACUCAGUUCCUCGACUCAGCUACCCGACCAGUCCUCCCAAGAUGCCCAAGCGUAUACAGCUGGUACACUUCUGGGCGCGCACACGCAUAGUGCAGCGAGCGUUCAUGCUGUGCAUGGUGGUCUGGAUAGGAGGUAUCAUGUACAGUGCGGACGUUCUGCACAAGAUUCUGCCUCUAGACUCGACUGCAAUGACAGUGUCGGAGGUGGUGCCGAGCCGCUAUGCGUCACCUCUAGCAGGCAGUGGAGGACGUAAGGCAGCCAUAUUGGAGAUGGAAGCUAAACUAUUGGCCGCUGAAGCUGCUCAUAGACAGAGUCUGAAGGAGGACAAAGGAAGUGAUGAGCUAUCCCGCCUGAAGCCUGGAGACUACAACCCUGUACAGAAGCUGUCACCGCACCACUGGGCGGCCAUCUUGUCUCUGUACAACUCCACGUUCCUAUCGGGAGGCUACGUUACGAUGUUGCCACCUGUACAGCUGGCGUCUGCCGUCAGCCCUGAGCGAGCCAUCGCACAACGGAAUGAUGCCGAGAAACAAAACAACUUCCAGUGGCAGUCACUGGCGAUUGCGCUUGAUCCAAUCGACUUUAAUGAUGGGGAGUUCUCAGUCCCUCUGCCCUCCCCAGUACACACCCUGGACAUGCCGUUCUUCCCCUCCUCCCCCAUGGAGCUGUUCCUGACCGCUGUGCUGUGCAUCAUCAGCGUGCUGGUCCUCAGCUACACUACUGUUGUAUUAUAUAGAUGUAUAUGUUCAAGAAACUACGCAGAAUGGCGAGCAAGCUGGAUGGGGACUAAAGAACCAUCAGAUCCAUCGUCACAGGUAGUGUUGGAAGCUGUGCCUCUCGUACUGGCUGGCCAUGCUCAGCCCAUAGAGUGUCUGGCCACGGAUGGCCAUUGGCUGGUCAGCAGCUGUCUGGGUGGUCACAUCAAGGUGUGGGACUCAGUCACCGGAGACUUGGUCACAACUAUCCGUCGAGCCAAGCUGUCACCGUCUCCAUUGCAAUCCACCGAUGAAGACUCGCUCUACAAAGAGUUAGACACCGUGUGUUCUCGGAUAAUACCCGGCUCUCGCACAACCAGCCCAAACUGUGUACGUCAAUCCCCUUCAAGAACUGCAAGCGAGUGUGAAAUGCCUACGGAAAACGAGUUUAAGUUUUCACUCAGUGACGAAAGUUUAAAUGAAAGAACUGGUAAGAGUUUCAACGGUUUUGAUAGCAGUUCGGACACUUCACCCAUUUGGUGUUUAGACUGUCAAGACAAUUUGAUUGUCAUCGGAUGCGCUUCAGGACACCUCGAGAUAUGGGAUGCCAUGACUGGUAAAAAGAAGUGUGUAGUACGCUCGGAGGAGUCUGGAGUGACGUGUGUCAGACUCGCUGGACAUCACAUCAUUGCUGCUCGGCUAAGCGGCUCAUUGGACUUCUUCCAGCUGGAGUGCUCCAACCACCAUUUCGCACAUCGCAGAACGCAUGUGCGGACAGGCAGCGCAGGGACUGUACCGGAGUGGAGCUAUAUAGACUCGUCUGGUGGGGCUGCGGCUAGUGUGAAGUGUGUGUGUCUGUCGUCACUCAGAGCACAUCAGCAGCCAAUCACAGUGCUCGACUUUGAAGGUGGCCGAGUACUCACUGGCAGCCAGGACCAUACACUGAAGGUGUUCUCGGUGGCUGACCAGGCAGCGUUGUUCACACUCCACGGCCACUUUGGUCCAAUCACCAGUCUGUUCAUAGACAGAGUGACUCCCUCCACAGGAGCAUCUGGCAGUCAGGACGGACUGCUGUGUGUGUGGGACUUACAUACGGGCGCUUGCAUGUACAGCAUACAGGCGCAUGAUGGCGUCAUCACCUGUCUCACAUACUCGGCCAGUUACAUCAUCAGUCUGGGCAGUGAUGAGAGACUGUGCGUGUGGGAGAGGUUUCAGGGUCAUCUCCUCAACACUAUACAAGUGGUUCACACCUAUUGCUGCAGUAUGGUGAUGUUAACACACAAUCUGCUCAUCACGUCUCGUCAGGGUUCGCUUGUGGUGUGGGACGUUUGUUCCGGAGAACCAGUGAGGAUCGUGAAGCUCGGUCACUCGGACAGUUGCGUCUUUGUCCACCAGAUUGUGCUACUGAAUGACAGUGUGGCGUGUGACUAUGGACAGCAACUACGGGUAGUGCGCUUCCCAAUGGUGCAUGAUAAGAUGGACUGAAACUGCAACUAUUGAACAGAUGAAAGUUUCUUUGUCGUAAAGUCUGAGUGGAGCAAAAAGCUCUGGCCCUUAGGUUAGGUGCCGUCACCAAUGGAGGAAAAGUUUAAGAAGGCGAUUAGAGUAAUGCAAUCGAAAAUUAAUUUAAUUUAAGAAGACAAACCAACUAUAACUAUUGAAAAGUUUGACAAUGCAAUUGGUUAUUUAUAAAAAAUUACGUAGUAAGCGAAAGGGGUAAAAUCAUAUGAGUUUUUUGUUCUUUAAGAAUACAUUAAAUUGAAAAGAGGUUUCUGCCCAUGUAUAAUACAGGUUAAUUACGAUUUUUAUGUAGAUUUUAUGAAAUUUGUCAAGUUUCAAUGAACAUUAUCAGGUGUUCUGACUGAAAUUCAGUGAUUUCCAUUGUAGGUAUCGUAUUUGUAUGUUUUUGCCAGUUCACAUUUAUUCCAGUUUAGGUAAUAUUGACUCUUGAAUACUGAUGUAGACAUCAUAUCUAGAUGGAUCAGUUGUGGCUUAUUUUUUAACGAAAAAUAACAUAGUUUGAGCCACUCAGAGCACACUGGUGUCCAAAAUUCUAUAUUCUUGCUUAGUUUAUGCUCCUGGGCUAUUUGAGGUGACAUACAAAUUUCUAUUGCUUACCAUAAGUUGUUUUAUCAGUUCGACUCCAUUAAGAAGUUGACAUCUUCGACUGAAAUCAGUACUUUACAUGAAUGGCUCAUGUUCACACGAUCCAUUCACACGUCCAUUUUGAUUCUAAACUGGUAAUAACUUAAACAUGUGGAUUGAAUGUGUAGUUGUUGCAUUAGUCAAAGGUCCGACCUAUUUAAGAUGCCUGAACUAAAAAAGUUGCCUAACACAUAGUUGAUAUGACCAUGAUUAUUAAACGUAAAAAAAAAUGAAUGUAUACAUUGAACUUAUAAGAAUUAUCGAUGUUAUAUGUUUUAUUAUUCUUCUUUGUUUUUCGGUGCUAUAUAGACUUUAUAAAUCAAUACCACACUACUGAUGUUGAGUCAAAUUUAAGGCAUGAAAAACUUAUUUAUUUUAGCACUGAAAAUAUUAAUGUAUUAGUUGUAAACGUACUGUUGCUAUAUCUUAUGAAUAAUUUAUCAGUGUUUAAACUGUAAAAUCGUAACUUGUAUGUACAUAUGUAUUUUGUAAAUAAUAUUUUUUUACAACAAAUGUAUAAUUCUUGUACCAUUUUACCUUUCUGAAUUGUUCAAGUGUUUUGUUUGAAAUUUGUUUUUUAGCGUUUGUGACCAAGUAGUUUUUAUAGUAGCCUAAAAAUAUUGUCAAAAGCCGUAGGCAACCAUUUGUAGAUAAAUAAACUAAAAUAAGACUUUAAAAUAAUACAAUAAGACUGGAUAAACUGUAUAAAUAAUAAAUAGUAGGUCACUAGUAGUUUUUAAACAAUUUCAAUUAAGUGGCAACAUAUUUGUAAAAAACGACGCAGUUCCUAGACAUUAAAAAAACUAUAUUUAAUACACUGAAAUAGACUUUUUGAAAACUCCCAGAUUUAAUGAUUUGGGAUUUUAAGACGCGUUUUGUUUUUUGAUGAACACUGUCUGUAUAUUUCUUCAUUGUUAUUUGAAAUGAAGCUCAACGUUAAGUUAUUUGAAAAUUAAUUUCAAGAUUGGCCUUUCUAACCAGUUUGCUGCCUUAAAAGUUGUUACAACAGUUUUCCAUUUAAACUGAAUGAGUCAAUUACAGUAAAGAUAAAAAUUACAGUACAGCUAUCAAGAUACGAUUCUAUUAGUUAAAAUCCCUUGUGGAAGUUUUAGUAUUUACACCAUGGAUAAAACGUACUCCCUUAGUACAUUUGUUAUCCUUAUGGAUGAGCUGAAGACAAUUUUAUUGUUAGUUACGUCCGGUGCCGCUAGGAUUGUAUUUUUUUUACAUUUUUUUGUUAUUUCAGUUAUUUAAAAUCUUAUUUAGCCAAAUAAAAGACAAUCUAAUCAUAAACAAUAACUCGUCUCCUUGUUAUAUAACCAAACAGUUAAGCACAAAUCAAAAAUUUAACCUUAAAAUAAUAUAAACAAAAUGUUGUUGACACUAGCGCCCAGUGUCACAAACAUGAACUAUACAUGAAAAAUGAGCUUAAAAUUUUACAACGGAAUGUAAAUGAGAUGUAAGCUGUCUAUUGUGUUGGGUAGUCUAUGGUUACGCCUGCCUUAAGAGUUCUUGACGUUAUAACUCAUAAAACAAUUACACAAGUAGGAAGAACAUUUCUAAUCUCACAGUGCACUAUAUAUUUUAAUUACAAUCACUUUGGUAUCCGAAGAAAUAUUUUGAGAUGGUAAAUAACUCUUCAGCGGCUGUUUGAAAUUAACAAAAUUAACAUUGCUCUUAUGGCGGGCAAAUCCAAACUGGUCGUUAGGUUUUAGCCUCCCUUGGAAAAAAAAUUAAAACCACAAAGAAAAUUUCUAAUCUCACACAGUGUUCUAGAUAUUGAAAUUAAUUAGAAUAACUAUGGUAUUUGAAAAAAAUUAUUUUGGGGUGAUAAAUUACUCUAAUUUAUAAGUUGUUGUAAUAUAAAUAAGUUGUUUGAAAUUAAUCCAAGAUGGCUGUUAGCCUCCAAGGACUCUUAACUAGAAUGAUUAUUGACUACUAGAAUACAGCUGUGGUAAAUCUAUAACAUCUUUUUAUUAAAAAUCCCUGACCAAAUAAAGUAACCUAAAUUAUAGUGGCCACUAGACAUGUAACUAGAAUCAUAGACAAAAAGAAUUAAAUAUACUGUCAGCCGUGCUGCGGUUACCUAAGGUUCUGGCGCACACUGCUGGGAGCACCGUGUAGUAACAUAGCAUGUACGCCGUAACUACACGGCACUCCCAGGGGUGUGCGCCAGAACCUUAUGGUAACCGCAGCACAGCUGACGGUCUAUAUUUAAUUCUUUUUGUCUUAUGAUAGAAUCUACCUAACGAUGUUUAUUCUUUAAUUUUUGUUAAUAGUUUUUUUAAUAAAUAUGGCUUAAACUGUAUCUCAUAGCUGUAUCACAAUAUGCACAAUCUCUGAAUUGACCAGUGAGCAAUUGCAUUGUUCUGAGGGUGACAAUUGAUCAUCAGUAAAAUUUUAAUGAAUGUUUUUUAUGUCUGUACAUACACUGUUAUGUUGUACACUUAUGUUUUUAAAAUAGCAUGUACUUGUGUUAAUAUAUAUUUGAGUAAGCUAGUUUGUUAACCAAUGUUAUUCUAUUUAACUUAACUAGCUCAUUUUACAAUCAGUUUAAGUAAAGAUGAGAUCUCAAUAAACCGUUGUCAUGUAUUUAAAAAUCUUUACUUAAAAUUUCGACUCUCUUGAGUAAAUGUAUUUUUGUUUGUUCCAAAGAAUGUAAACCGUGCUUUGGAACUGUAAUGGCAAAAUAUCUUAAUUGCUUGACAAAUUUGUAUAAGUAAUUUGUGCAAUAAACCCAAAUUCAACUUUCUUGUAAAUGUUUGUUUGACAAACAUCUUAGUUCAUCUAACUGUGUACUGUUUGUCAAUGAAUGAUGUCAUAUGCCAAAUAAAGUUAUUUAUUUAUAUGAAAA